AGUUUUAGUUCAUUUUUAAACUAUUAAGUCUACAAUGAAUAUGAAGGCUCAAGUAUGGCCUAAAUACAUGCAUGCAUGAAUUCCUGCUGAGUUUUUUUACGUAGUUAACUGAGAUUCUGGUGUAACAAAAUUGUUUAGUGGUGCUGGUGCCGCAUUCCGGCAAGCAUUGAUAGGGGUGUAGGGGUCCGAUUGCACGCCGGUGUAAGUGUGUAAUGAUUGCCUGUAGCUGGGGCUAUUAUGUCGGAGGUAUAAUCUAUUAUUAUUCCCGGAACAUACAAGAAACAUCGUACCUUCGUACCCGUUGUGAUGUAGAUACUCACGUCUCACGUCUUUAUAAUAAUAAUAACACGCGCUUAUUUUCUUUGAUGUAUAUGUAUAUGUAGGCAGAUAUAUGAAGUUAAGUAAUAUCGAAGCUUAAUACCUAAUAUUUAGCCUUUGAAUAUUGUUAAGAUUCUCAGGAGAUCUCCUAAUAUUUGUUUUGUUAUUCUGAGAUAUCAGAUACCCACACUUUUAAGAUUAUGUACUUUAAGGUGAAGUAUCUGUCGACCGUGACGAUCCACUAUGUUUAUAAUGUAGGGUAGAUAAGUAUUUUAUUUUUGUGUUCGGGAUUUUUCUAAAGCGAUGUGCUUUAAUAUAUUUUGCGUGGCAAUUAGGAAACUACAUUCUCACGUGGCGCAGCUUCAUGAUUUACAUGGCCUCCAUCAUUUUUGAAUGAAUGUAAUUAAAACUUUUUAAUAUUAUGUAAUUUUUAACUUUCAAAUAUAAUUAUGUUCUCGCUCUUAAAUUUCAACUGUUUAAGUUAGGUAAUUGUACGUCAUGCGAUAACUACGUUUACACAUUGUGCCUUUUGAGUAUCUCGCCACGAUAUCGCGAUUUUAGCUAGAAUUUCCUGUGUUCGUCAAGAUUCAACAUCUGUAGGUACAUAGUCACUGCAAAAUAAUUUUUUGCUCUUUUUGUGUACAAAUAAUUAUUCUCAUAUAAGUAGCUAAAACAAAUCUUCGGUCGCAUCCAGCUGUUUUUAGGAAUCGCCUGACCGAUUAUGCUACAGCUUUCAAUUUACUUCGUUUUAUUAGCAUUAGAAAAAAAAGUAAACAAUCUUGACGUGGAUUUUUAUUGAAAAAUACUUUUAAUACCUAAAUAGUCUGUAUCACUUUACUUACGAAACCAAAAUAAUGUAAAUGAUCAUAAACAGCAUUGUUGGUAUAUUCGCUGUGAAUUAUUUUUCGAAGUCUUUUCCUAUAAAAGGACACGUCAAGGUUGUUUAACGUAAAAUUGUAAGUCAAAGAUAGUUAACCCCCCCUGCAUACAAACAGUCUAUAUGUUACUGUAAAAGCCCGAAGUACGGUAAAACCUAGGAUAUACCGGUAAGACCUAGGUUUUACCGAUGCCGAUCGGUAAAAGCCCGAAAUGUGAAAUAAUAUAUACAAGGCAAUGGGGGUCAAAUAUCUCUGCAAUUGACACUACAUACCUACUUAUAAAAAUAUCUACGUAAUAUGCGCAGAGCACGGAUGGUUGACAAAAGAGUCACAUAAUUUUAAGAAGGAAUUAAUACAUUUUUCGAGUGUAUGUAUGUAUGUCUGUUUCUUUGUGGCCUCCUGUAGCCUAAACAGCUUGAUGGAUUUUGAUGUAUGAGGUAUCGUUAGAUUCGUCUUGAUCACGGGAGUGUCAUAGGAUAUUUUUUAGGGAUAACUAAAAAGUAAUAAAUAAAAAAUAUAUUAUUAUAAAAAAACAAAAAUCCCAACUGCACACUAAAAAGAGGAAAACAAGCCCCAUAAGAAUAUUGUUGUUGAUGGUAAGUAUCGCAGGCGGGGACCAACAGAGGGUUUUACUUAUAGUCAUAUUGAUUAUUGGUUUUUAAGUUCACCUUUUAGCAGAACCUUACUUAGGUAGGUAUUUUCGUUGGUGGCGAUCAAGUUGGUCCCCGCCUGCGAUACUUGCCAUCAACAACAAUAUUCUUGUGGGGCUUGUUUUCCUCUUUUUAGUGUGCAGUCGGGUUUUUACUAAAAUGAUACUAAAAUGGAGUAACUAAACAAAGUAUUAACGACCUGUAGAUUAAUUUAUACUGCGAGCUCUUGAUAUACAUUUAAAGUAUUUAAACUAUCCAUCAUUUAGUGUUCCACUAUUCCACCGAUAAUGACAACAUAGUGCCUAGCCAAGAUGCCAAUCCUUUGCGCUACGACUACGUAACGCUAUCUGUCUCUCUUUCGCACUAAUAUGACUGAGUGAUAGAGAGACAGAAAGCAUUUCGUAGUCGUAGCGCAAACGUUUGAAUAGGCCCCCAGACCUCAUAGAUAGCGCUAUUCUUAUCGACUAGCUAUUAAAAUAAAAACAAAACACAAGCGACUAACAUAAGCAGUCGCAGAGGACGCUGGGAAAGUCGAGUCUGUUUCUGUGACUUGUUUAUUAUUUGUUUCAAUACGAUAGUUAUAACAUAAACACAUUUUUUUUGUAAAUUUUCAAAGGAUUUUAUACCAUGUUGCUCCUCUUAUUUAUCUGCGGGGUAUCCUUGACCCAAGCACUGGACAACGGGCUGGCGCUGACCCCGCCCAUGGGCUGGCUCACUUGGCAACGAUACCGGUGCCUCACCGACUGCACAACGUACCCUGAUGAGUGUAUAAGUGAAAAACUGAUAAAGCGCACAGCUGACACGAUGGUGAGCGAAGGGUACCUAGAGGCGGGGUACGACUACAUAGGCAUCGACGAUUGCUGGAUGGAGAAAAACCGGAGCACCAACGGGAAACUCGUUCCAGACCGCGAGCGGUUCCCGAAUGGCAUGAAGAUGCUUGGGAAAUAUGUUCACAGCAAAGGUCUAAAGUUCGGUAUCUACCAGGACUAUGGUACAAAGACGUGCGCAGGCUACCCUGGAGUCAUGGGACACGAACAAACGGAUGUGGACACCCUCGUCAGCUGGGGUGUCGACUACAUCAAACUAGACGGAUGUUAUUCCAAACCGGAGGAGAUGAAAACAGGAUAUCCGGAUUUCGGAAGGAUGCUGAACAAGACAGGUCGUCCGGUUCUAUAUUCCUGUAGUUGGCCUGCUUAUCUCGAGCCGGAUAGUAUUUUGCCAAACUACACCGUGAUCGCAGAGAACUGUAAUCUAUGGCGCAACUGGGACGACAUUGAAGACUCCUGGCAGAGUCUCCUAGGCAUCAUGAACUGGUUCGGAGACAAUCAGGAGCGCCUGGCGCCGUUCGCUGGCCCAGGACACUGGAAUGACCCCGAUAUGUUACUAGUGGGCAACUAUGGGCUAUCCCUGGACCAGGCGCGGGUGCAGAUGGCGGUGUGGGCGGUGUUGGCGGCGCCGCUCCUCAUUAGCGCGGACUUGUCUCGUAUGCGGCCGGAGUUUAAAGAAAUCCUGUUGAAUAGAGACAUCAUCGCCGUCAACCAAGAUCCGCUGGGGAAACAGGGGCUCAGAGUGUAUAACGACUCGAAACACCACCGACAGAUCUGGACUCGUCAGCUCUCCGACAACUCAUACGCCCUGGCAUUUGUGAGCACCCGCGUCGACGGGGUGCCUUACGCGGUGUCCUUUAGCCAUGUUGAUAUGAAGAUACCAGCGCAGAACUAUAGAGUGCAGGAUCUUUAUAACGAAGAAGAAGACCGAACGUUAGGCGCCGAUGAGAAAUUUACAACGCGAAUAAAUCCUACAGGGGUCAAGUUCUACAAAUUUAUUCCUGAUGGGCAGUCGGAGGAAGAUUCCAAGGACCCUGAAGAAGAUACGCUGAAAAAUAUUAAUAUUAAUGUUGAUAAUGACUUAGAUAAAGAUAAGACUGUUGUUGUUGUAUAAUAA